AUGAGCACCAGCAUCAACAUCAGCAAUGACCUCAACAACUACCUCAAGACUUCGGGAUCGUCCAUCAACGGCACCGGUGGCCAGUCCUCCUCUUCCGCCUCCAAUGGAUUCAUGAACGGAUGGUUCAGCGGCAGCAGCAGCGGUGGCGGUGGUUCUUCAUCGAAGCCGUCCGGUGGUGAUAGUAAAAGCUGGUUCAGCUACCAGCCACUUCGAACUAGUCCCGAUGAUGAUGCGGCGUCAGUCAACUCGAGCUCAACUCAGUCUGGAAGUGGUGGUGGUUGGCUGCGAAAUCCAUUCGGUACCAAGGAGCCAGAGCCCCCGGGAUGGUUGCCCACUUUGUCGAGGACACAGCGAAUCAUCGGCUUUCUUCUCUUUAUCUUCAUGGGCAUCACCUGCUUUGGCCUGUCAACCAUGUACAUUCCAGUAUUGAUCUUCAAGGCGCGAAAGUUUUCCAUUCUCUUUACCUUCGGCUCGGCAUUUAUCGUUUUGAGUUUCGCCAUCCUCUUCGGCCCGGUGAGCCACCUGAAGCACCAGUUCUCUCGCGAGCGUCUGCCCUUUACACUGGCCUACUUUGGCUCGCUCAUAGCGACGCUGUACUUUGCCAUGGAGCUUCAAAGCACCAUCCUCACCAUUCUGGCGGCCAUCACGCAGAUUGUCGCCCUCGUCUGGUACGUCUUCACCUACAUUCCCGGCGGUCAGACGGGGCUGAUGUUCUUCUCGCGAGUGGCCGCGAGCACCGUUUCCAAAACCCUUCCCGUCUGA